UCUAAGCCAUGGAGCCUAUAACAUUAUUUCAUCCACAGUAUGAGCAUAUUAUUGACCCUCUAAAGGAUGCCUUUGGUGGACUAGGGAGCUUGACUUCGAUAUCUACAUUGACGAGACUUUUUGAAGAUUUUCAAACUUUGAGCAAGCUGGAUUCGAUUGCUCAGAACCUUGUGCAGUCCAUUCAAGACCUUUCUUGGGACAGCUUGCCAAGCCCUGGUGUAAAAGAUACGUCCAUUAAAUCCUCUUUAGGAGGCGUUCUCUGUGGAAGAGGCAAGAGUGCUUUCAACAUUCAAGAGCUAGAACAGAAGUUUUCUUAUCAGCAGAAGGUGCAGGACAGUCGGGGGAGUUUUGAUCCACGAUUUGAGAAUGUGAAGGAAAAGAUAGAGAAGAAGAGACUUGGUAAGGGUGAAGCAGGUUUUUUUUUAGUUCUUUCUUUGAUCUUUUUCUUUUGUUACACUGCCUUUAAUCCUCACUUUAAAAUUAUUUUUUUCUCUUCUUACUUUCUCUGGAAGUGGAUUAAACAUUUAAGAUUAGAGAAAGAAUUUGAGGAUUCAGCUAACUAGUAUCACCAAUAUUAAUUCUCCAAACAGGCCCAUGGUUAGGUGCACUUUUAAAGAUGUUCUGCAUUGUUGUCUUUCUCUUUAUCUGUUUCUACCAUUUUGUCUCUCAGUCUUUUUAAAAAAUUUAUAUUUGACAUUCUUUGCUGUGCCUAUGUUUUAAAAUCUAAUCAGAAUGAGCGCCUUUUGGAGAGCCUUGUAUAUGUUUUAGACCAACAUCCCGUGAAAAACUACGCCUUCAGGUUAUAAGCGGCUGUUUCAACCUAUGCGCCUCACUGACUCAUUGAGGGCUCUAAUAAUGGGCUUAUUA